UGAGUUUUUCUGACAAAGGCACAGACAAGUUAACUGUUCAAGGUGACUUAAGUAGUAAGUGGAGGAACUGGGAUUUGAACCCAGGAAGUCUGGCUCCAUGGUUAAGUCCCAGAGAAGGGUGACUGACCAGCUCAGGGUCACACAGCCAUAGCCCCAAAGCUAAGAGCUGCUGGCUACCCUCCAGCCCAGAAAAAGCUAUGACUACUGACUACUAGCCAACUGGGGGCGGAGCAGAGGUGGAGCCAGGGAGACCCAGGUGGCCUCUCUGACAACCACAGUACAGGCAGCAGAGUGGCCUGGAGCAGCAUGAAGCAGAGCUGGAGACCAGUACUGCUCAUCCUGGGAAUGGUGGUCCUUAUAGAAGGUCUUCAAGCAGCUCAGCGUGUCUGUGGGCAGCGUGGCCCUGGCCCCCCCAAGCCUCAGGAGGGCAACACAGCACCUGGUGAAUGGCCCUGGCAGGCCAGUGUGAGGAGGCAGGGAGUCCACAUCUGCAGUGGCUCCCUUGUGGCAGACACCUGGGUUCUCACCGCUGCCCACUGCUUUGAAAAGGCAGCAGCAACAGAACUGAGCUCCUGGUCCAUUGUCCUUGGUUCUCUGCAGCGUGAGGGGUUAAGCCCAGGGGCUGAGGAGGUGGGGGUGGCUGCCCUACAGUUGCCCAAGGCCUAUAACCACUACAGCCAGGGCUCAGACCUGGCCCUGCUUCAGCUUGCCCACCCCACAGCCCAUACACCCCUCUGCCUACCCCAACCUGGGCAUCGCUUCCCCUUUGGAGCCUCUUGCUGGGCCACUGGCUGGGAUCAAGACACCAGUGAUGCUCCCAGGACCCUACGGAAUUUGCGCCUGCAUCUAAUCAGCCGCCCCACGUGUAACUGUCUCUACAACCGGCUGCAUCAGCGGCUCCUGGCUAGCCCAGCUAGGCCGGGAAUGCUGUGUGGGGGUGCUCAGCCUGGGGUGCAGGGGCCCUGUCAGGGAGAUUCUGGAGGUCCUGUGCUGUGCCGUGAGCCUGAUGGACAUUGGGUUCAGGCAGGGAUCAUCAGCUUUGCAUCAAGAUGUGCUCAGGAGGACAAUCCUGUGCUGCUGACCGACAUAGCUGCUCACAGCUCCUGGCUGCAGGCUCGCGCUCAGGGGGCAGCCUUCCUGGCCCAGAACCCAGGGACUGUGGAGACCAGUGAUGAGGAUAGCUGUGUAGCCUGUGGAUCCUUGAGGACCAAUGGUCCCCAGGCAGGAGCCCCCUCCCAGUGGCCCUGGGAUGCCAGGCUGAAGCACCAGGGGAGACUGGCCUGUGGCGGAGCCCUUGUGUCAGAGGAGGUGGUGCUGACCGCUGCCCACUGCUUCAUUGGGCGCCAGACCCUAGAGGAGUGGAGUGUAGGGCUAGGGGCUGAAACAGAGGAGCACAGCCUGAAGCAACUCAUCCUCCAUGGGGCCUAUACCCACCCAGAGGGGGGCUAUGAUAUGGCCCUCUUGCUGCUGGCCCAACCUGUGACACUAGGCCCCAAAGUGCGGCCCCUUUGCCUGCCCUACACUGAUCACCACCUGCCUGAUGGGGAACGUGGCUGGGUCCUGGGGAUGGCCCACCAAGGAGCAGGCAUCAGCUCCCCCCAGAUGGUACCUGUGACUCUUUUGGGGCCAAGAGCCUGCAGUCGUCUGCAUGCAGCCCCUGGAAGUGAUGGUAUCCCCAUUUUGCCAGGGAUGGUGUGUACCAGUGUUGUGGGUGAGCUGCCCCACUGUGAGGGCCUGUCUGGAGCACCACUGGUGCACAAGGUGAGGGGCACAUGGUUCCUGGCUGGUCUACAUAGCUUUGGGGAUGCCUGCCAAGGCCCUGCACAGCCUGCGGUCUUCACAGCACUCCCUGCCUAUGAGGACUGGAUCAGCAGUUUGGACUGGCAGGUCUACUUCGCUGAGGAGCCAGAGCCUGAGAUUGAGGCUGGAAGCUGCCUAGCCAACUGGAGUCAACCAGCCAGCUGUUGACAGGUGACUCUCUAGGCUGUUCACAGGACGCGAGAAAAGUGAGGCAACUCCCACAUCAACUCCUCUGCCCCAGCCUCCACGCCAUGUGUAGUUCCAGUCCCUGAGGCAGCCCAACAGCUCAUCUGGCUAUGGGAAGAGCCUGCCCAAAAUCAGAAGAUGCUCCCACUCUCUGCCCUGCAGGACAGAGAUGUCACCUGUGGGUCUUCCCACACUCAGCUCUGCUGUCCAAUGCAGGCAUCCCCAGUUCUCCCUAUACUUCAUUCUCUCAGAUACAAUCACACCAGUCAUCUCUUUUGAAAUUUUCUUUUUUGGGGGGGAGCAAUUUUCCAUUUUUUAAACUUAAAUAAAUUGUUACAAAAUAGA